UCUGGUCUUCGGCGAUGCGGUGAUCCGAUAAUUUUUGCUCAAUCGUGGCACUUCCUGGUUUCGCAACUACCUGGAUCAACCCAUGGACUCCUGAAUUUCGUCUUAUCGUGCUGUGUGGACUGAAAUGUUGGCUAUGUACUACUAUAGAGUUUGGCUUCCUCCCCUAUUUCUGUGCUCUGCUUGCAGAGUGUCGGGAUUGAAGCUGUUUGACGAGUUAAGGUAAUGAUCUAGCAGUGGUUGUGGUAUCAGUUUGUACCUACUGAGCUUUGGCGGAGGAUUGAAGUGGCCAGGUUCCACAGUCUCGUGUCUCGGAGAGGCUUGCGAUGGUCGAGGUUUGGGAUUCGACGCAAAAUCUGGCAUAGAUUGUUCUCCAUUGUUAUACCUUUAUAUGCAGCCUUGAUUUAAAUUUGUGAAGUCUGGUUUUAUUCACUGAAUACGCCGGUAUCAUAUGAAGGGAUGAUGCACUUGAGAUUUCAAUCAUUAUUUCAGUUUGCGUUGAAUAGCACCAUCGUGUCUAACAGGCCAAGUGCAUUAAGUGGUUUAGCGGCAGAGCUUUGUAUGGGGCUCCCCAUAACUGAAUAGGGCAUCUUGAUGUAAAACUCAAAGUGCAAGUAUUGCGCCAUGUACAGACUUGUUCUGGCGAAUACGUCGAACUAACCAUAACCUGGAGGAGUGGUUUGCCAUCUACAGAGUGGCUUUAGAGUUGAAGAAAUUCUCGGCUCAGGAUGGCGAAAAGUGUGAAGAAACUGCAGGAAAUCAUAAAUGGCUUGGACGAACCUCUCCGUCAGAGCUUUCAGAAUGUGCAUGCUGGUUAUCCAGAAGCUACCUUGGAGCGAUUCCUGAAUGCAAGAGAUGGGGAUGUAUCGAAGGCAAGUAAAAUGCUUAUAGACUGCCUAAGUUGGAGAGUCAACAACCACAUUGAUUAUAUCCUGGAGUUAAGAUCCUUGUUGAAACCAAUCUUGCCGAAAGAAAAAUUCGAUGCCAUACGCCGGAGUCAGUUGAUUGGAUUCUGUGGCUAUUGCAAACAGGGGCGGCCUGUGUUUGCCAUUGGAGUGGGCAACAGUACUUAUGACCUAGCUUCCGUUGAAAGUUAUGUUCAAUCACACAUACAGAUCAACGAGUACAGGGACAGAAUAAUUCUGCCUAAUAUUAGUAACAAGAAGGUGCGACAUGUGAGAUCUUGUGUAAAGAUCAUGGAUAUGACGGGGCUUAAACUUUCUGCUUUCAGCAGACUAAAAACUUCGAUAGCUAUCGCUACCGUCGAUGACCUGAAUUAUCCCGAGAAAACUGACACAUACUACAUCGUGAAUGCACCGUAUGUGUUUUCUGCCUGCUGGAAGGCAGUAAAGCCUAUGUUGCAAGAAAGGACAAAGCGCAAAGUGCAAGUUCUGAAGGGCAAUGGGCAGGAUGAGCUACUUCAGGUGAUGGACUAUGCCACACUACCCUCUUUCUGCAAGACUAUUAGUGAUUCAUCCAACAACGAUGUCUUCGCGCCCAACCACAAGUUCCAUGUAGAGCUGUAUAAUUACAUUCAAAAUAAGGCGGUUUUUUCUGGCAAAAACUUCAACAGCCUUACUUCUGAGGGAUCUUUACACAUUCAAGUUCCAACUUUGGAGGAGCAGGAUCCGCACUCAGAAACAGUUGAAGUUGUUCAUGCGAUUGAAUCCGUUUUGCCUUCUCUAGAGGCUGUUGAGAAUGCCUCCGAACAGAACCAGAGGGGUAAGAUAACCACAAAGAUGGCUGGUAUACAAAUUAGUACAUAACCAAUCAUCAUACUGGCCGGUUCACUAGAAGCUCCCUCUUUGGCUUGUCACAAUUCUGUUUGCCGAUGUAGUGUGCAGUGCUAGUGUGCAGUGCAAGUGCAGCGAGAUUUCUGAACUGAAGGUUGUACACAACCGUAUGUUAGGCCUAGUUAUUUUUGUUCAUUCUUCAUUGCACUAAGUCAUUCAUAUAAUUAGAACUUUUGCAGUUUGAGAGAGAUAACAUUCAUGAUUCUUUAAUGCCACUUGCUGUCAAGGUAGAAAAAAUUAAAACGUAAUUCGUUUCAGUAGAAGACCUUCCUUCGGUUUGUCUGGCUGGUUCUAGCGAUGUAUUUUAUAAGAAGACGGCUGUGACCAGUGAAAGGUGUAGGGAUCGUAGAUUUGCUUCCUUAUUGUGAACGUGUUCACACGUUUUCAUGAAGUUCCUUAUGAAGCUUCUUCCAAAUGGAUGAAUACUGCACGCAGAACUUUACUUAUUUCAAUUACUAAAGCUACAUAAAAGUCACCAUCCCCUGGAACCUAA